UAGGCCUCAUGGACUAAUUCAUGCCCUUCAUCAUGAUUAUAUCCUUGUAAAAAGCAGUAAAUGUUACCUCACAGUGCUUUCGUUUAUUAACUCUCUUGCUGGAAUAUACACAGUGGGAGUUUGUUUACCUUUACCAGAGUGAGGAAUACAGUCCAUGAUCUUCAUUUCAGUAUUGCCAACCAGUAGCUAAAAGAAAUUGCAAUAAUGGAAACAGAGGUUGCCAUUGAGGAACUGGCAAAACACCCAAAACUAUCAUGGCUUGUAAGACCUUGUGAACAUUACAAAGAAGAGUAUGGAGACUGUACAAGCAUCAAGGCAAAAUUUCACCAGUAUUUCAUUUAUGGUGAAACAAGAGACUGUUCACAGUGGAAGAAAGACUAUGAAAACUGUGUCGAGUACAGGAAGAAGAAGGAUAUGGAGGCACUGACAGCUGUGAUAGAGAGUGAGAAGGAUCGCCGAGGUGAUAGAUUACGGGGUCACUACGGCAACACAGUUUGGGAGAAGAGAGACUCGCCCCCAGAGGAUUGGAAUAAAGAACUUCCAGAAUGGUUUGAAAAGGAAAGAGAGAUGUCUUUUCUUGCACUGAAAUGCAAAGAACUGAAGGAAGGCAAAGCUUCCAAUAAUUAUACAUCGUCAACCUGCACCAUAUUAUGAUUUUAGGUAUUAAAAACGUAAUUACUAGAUCCUUGUUUAAUUUUGUAAAUAAAUUGAUAUUUGCAUAUAUUUCCAUAUCUGUACAAAAAUAGAAAUAAAAGGUAAAUGAAAA